GGUUCCAUGAGGUCUCGCUUAAUUGCAGAAUCGGCUCAACUUGUGGGGAUGUGACUGACGCUGGGAAGGCUGGGAACGCUGGGAACGCUGGGAAGGUCCUAUCCAACCCACAUGACGCCAUCAGCCUUUAUCAUCGAGCCCGCCUCACAUUUCACUCUCGUCAUCCUCACAGGACCAUGCUAACCCGUCUGUUCCGUAUGCAUGGCCUUCUGGUGGCCUCCCAUCCUUGGGAGGUCAUUGUCGGCACAGUCACCCUCACAGUCUGCAUGAUGUCCAUGAAUAUGUUCACUGGAAAUGACCAGAUCUGUGGAUGGAACUAUGACUGCCCCAAAACAGAUGAGCAAAUCCUCAGCAGUGACAUCAUCAUCCUGACCAUCACACGAUGCAUUGCCAUCGUCUACAUUUACUUCCAGUUCCAGAACCUGAGACAGUUGGGAUCCAAAUAUAUAUUAGGCAUCGCAGGCCUUUUCACCAUAUUUUCCAGCUUUGUAUUUAGCACCGUGGUCAUUCACUUCCUGGAUAAAGAGUUGACCGGGCUCAACGAGGCGCUUCCAUUCUUUUUACUCCUCAUCGACCUCUCGAAAGCAUGCACUCUUGCCAAGUUUGCCCUCAGCUCCGGUUCUCAGGAUGAAGUUAGGGAAAACAUUGCUCGAGGUAUGGCUGUACUGGGACCGACCUUCACCUUGGAUGCCCUGGUGGAGUGCUUGGUGAUCGGGGUGGGAACCAUGUCCGGGGUUCGACAGUUGGAAAUAAUGUGCUGCUUUGGCUGCAUGUCUGUUUUGGCCAACUAUUUCGUCUUCAUGACAUUCUUCCCUGCUUGUGUCUCGCUGGUGCUGGAGCUGUCCCGUGAGAGUCAAGAAGGCCAUCCCAUUUGGCAGUUGAGCCACUUCUCCAGAGUGCUUGAGGAAGAGGAAGACCAUAAACCCAACCCUGUCACCCAAAGAGUCAAGAUGAUCAUGUCUCUUGGCCUUGUGAUGGUUCAUGCCCACAGCAGGUGGAUCGCUGAUCCGCUGUCCUUAAAUACAACACUUGGAAUCCCAAGUGUUGGCAUGGUCAAGCCGCACCUCUCCCCAAGGAGGAUAGAGCCAACUAUACCGCUGUGGCACUAUUACCUCACUCGGAUGCUAACCAUGGACAUAGAGCAGGUCAUCUGCCUGGCCUUGGCCCUGCUGCUGGCAAUCAAGUACAUCUUCUUUGAGCAAGUGGAGAUGGAGUCCACCCUAUCGAUAAAGAACCCCAUCACGAUGUCCACAUCCUCCCUGAUUCCACAAAGAGCCACGGAGACCUGCUGCAGGAAGGAGCGUCCCCUACCGCCCCAUGUGCCGUCUCCCAGUCCUCGUCCUGGCACACCCGCUAGCAGAGACCACAGAGAUGAGGUCAUCCGCCCCCUUCUUGUCCCUGUCCCUGAUGGUGAUCCCAAGAGCGUCUUUGUCCUGGAAGAAGAAAGGGAGGAGGUCAAGCCUGACGUCACGGAGACCUACCCACCCUUGAAGCCGAGAAGACUGGAGGAAUGUGUGAGCAUCCUCAAUAACCCUGAGCAAGGUUCCGGUUUCCUGAGCGAUGCGGAGGUGAUGCAGCUGGUCAAGUCCAAACACAUUCCUGCCUACAAGCUUGAGGCCAUGAUGGAGAAACCUGAGAGAGGCGUGGCUAUACGGAGACAGAUGAUCUCGGCCAAACUUCCUUCUCCCUCCGCGCUCUCGUCGUUGCCGUUCACGGACUACGAUUACUCCAAGGUUAUGGGCACCUGCUGUGAGAAUGUCAUUGGCUAUAUGCCUGUGCCAGUGGGCGUGGCCGGGCCUUUGCAUCUGGAUGGGAAGCAGUUCCAAGUUCCCAUGGCGACGACUGAGGGAUGUUUAGUGGCGAGCACAAACCGGGGCUGCCGAGCAAUCGCGCUCGGAGGAGGAGCCAGCAGUCGCAUCCUGGCCGACAGAAUGACCAGAGGACCCGUGGUGAGGUUGCCCUCGGCCUGCCAGGCUGCUGAGGUCACCGCCUGGCUGGAGAGCACAGAUGGUUUCCAGGCCGUCAAAGAAGCCUUUGACAGCACCAGCAGGUUUGCUCGGCUCCAGAAGCUGUUGGUGGGUCAGGCUGGAAGGAAUCUUUACAUUCGUUUCCAUUCAAAGACGGGUGAUGCCAUGGGGAUGAAUAUGAUCUCAAAGGGAACGGAGGAGGCACUAAGCAGACUUCAGCAGCACUUUCCAGACGUGCAGGUUUUGGCUGUGAGCGGAAACUACUGUACAGACAAGAAACCAGCCGCCAUUAACUGGAUCGAAGGCAGAGGCAAAUCUGCAGUCUGUGAGGCCACCAUCCCCGCCCGUGUAGUCCAAGAGGUUUUGAAGACCACGACAAAGGCUCUCGUGGAGGUGAACAUUAACAAGAACCUGGUGGGAUCCGCCAUGGCUGGCAGCAUCGGUGGAUUUAACGCACACGCAGCUAACCUGGUCGCAGCCAUCUACAUUGCCUGCGGGCAGGAUCCUGCACAGUCAGUCAGCAGCAGUAACUGCAUUACCCUCAUGGAGGCGUCGGGCCCUGCGGGAGAAGACCUCUACAUCAGCUGCACCAUGCCCUCCAUCGAGCUUGGCACAGUCGGGGGUGGCACCAACCUUCCCCCUCAGCAAGCUUGUCUUCAGAUGCUGGGUGUGCAGGGUGCCAGCGAGGAAUGUCCAGGAGAGAAUGCCCGGCAACUGGCCAAGGUGGUGUGUGGCACGGUGUUGGCUGGAGAACUGUCACUCAUGGCUGCCCUCACAGCUGGUCACCUGGUCAAAAGUCAUUUGACACAUAACAGAUCCAAGGUCAACCUUCCAGACAGUGUGGGAACAUGCACCUAAAAGGUCCCCUCAGAGCCGGACAUGGUCUCUUCCUGAUCAGCUCAUCCAGGACGACACACUGAUGAAACGGAUGGAACGUCUCAUGGCAGAAUUGAGGGCAUUUCCAUGGAUCAGUGUGUACGGAAUCAAUAAAUAGAUGUUUGGAUCACAUAUAUUAUGUUUCAAAACAGUCAAAGUUGACAGUCUUUUGUUGCAUUUGGGAUGGCCAUAGAUGAAGUCAUUUGGCAAGUCAGGUGCACAUCCUCACUCUGACGUUAAGUCAGCGGUGUUCCAAUGUUUUUUUUUCUUUUCAUUUUUUUUUUUUACAUUGAUGUGCCAUGUUAGGAGUCAAAAAUAUGCCACGGGCCAACAAAACACAUGCUGCAGCUCUCACAAGGCCCCCAGGCCAGACAUUGGACACCACUGCCUUAAGAGUUGUACCAGCGUUCAAUGGCGGCAUCGAUGGCUUUGUAGCCUUCCUGGUGGUGUGCCAUCGUAUGGUUUGAGGGUUCCACACUCUGGCGUGUCACAUCAUUGAAAGAAGGAAUGUGUAGGACGCUGCAAUUAUUAUGGGAUUAUUCAUACGCUGGCGGAGAAGUGCAAAAUGCGUUAACAAAAAGCAACCGCCCAGAAGGGGAACGUACAAAAUGUGAUCCCGGUUGGUGUUGGUACAUGACUUUUCUGGUGUGUCUUUAUAGCCCAAAAGUGCAAAAGACCAUCCUGAAGGAGAUUAUACACCUGUUAUGUCCUCAUUAUCCCACAGGGAUGCAUCAAUUAUUACUAAUAAUAAUUAGUAUAAUAUUAUUAGAUAUACAUUAUAUUAUAUAUUGUUAUAUUUAUUAUUAUAUAUAUUUAUAUUAAUAUUCCACUACACCUAAACUAGAGACGUCUACUAUUUUCUAAGGCACAGGACUUGAUGACUGAAGUGGCAAUUUUAGUUUGGGGUUUUGUACAUUCCCUCUCCAGAUGAUGUCAUUGUCAUUUGGGUUGCUUAUUGUUUACGUUUUGCACUUUUCAGCCACGCAGCUGACAGCCGUACUGCUGUCUUAUGCAAAAUAUCUUCAAAGAUUGUGUUUAAAUUUAUGGCUCAUUUGUCCUGAAUCCAAGACAAGCGAGCUUGCAUAUUUACUAGCAUAUUUUGCCUAUAUUUUGUAAUAAAAU